CUAAAAAGUCUCUUCCGGGUGUUUUCCUCAGACUGGACGGUGGACUGAAAGUUUACUCCGCUUUCUUUGAAGUUUAAAGCUUUAUUUCUUUACCAACAUGAAUCGUAUCUUUGGCAGCGGGAAGCCCAAAGCCCCGCCGCCGAAUCUGACGGACUGCAUCGGAACCGUUGAUUCUCGGUCAGAGUCCAUUGACAAGAAGAUUGCCCGACUAGAUGCUGAACUUGUGAAAUACAAAGAUCAGAUGAAGAAGAUGAGAGACGGGCCUUCGAAGAACAUGGUGAAGCAAAAGGCUAUGAGAGUUCUCAAGCAGAAGAGAAUGUAUGAAAGCCAGAGAGACAAUCUCAUGCAGCAGUCAUUCAACAUGGAACAAGCCAACUACACUAUCCAGUCCCUUAAAGACACUAAAACCACGGUUGAUGCCAUGAAAGUCGGCCUCAAGGACAUGAAGAAAGCGUACAAGAACGUGAAAAUUGAUAAGAUCGAGAGCAUACAAGACCAGCUGGAGGACAUGAUGGAAGAUGCUGAUGAGAUCCAGGAGGCUAUGGGAAGAAGCUAUGGCACUCCUGAAAUCGAUGACGCCGACCUGGAAGCGGAGCUGGAUGCGUUGGGAGACGAGUUCCUAAUGGAUGACGACAGCUCCUACCUGGACGAGGCUUCGUCGGCUCCUUCUAUCCCAGAGGGACUACCGGGCGAGAAGUCCAACAGGGAUGGCGUUCUGGUGGAUGAGUUUGGCCUUCCUCAGAUUCCCGCUACAUAAAACGGCCAUCAGCACACUGGACGUGCUAGUUUUACAUGUUUCAUCGCCUUUCUUUUCUAUUUAUCCAACUGACACACCCAGCGUUUAAAACCUAAGCAUCUUCUCUCGUAGGAAUGAUUAAAACUGAGUAUUAGGGGUCUUUAAUGAUUGAGUGAGCUCAUGUCGCGUAUAUCUCAGGUGACUUUGGGAAUUGUGGUUAUUCUUAACUUUGUACAUUUUCUGCAGCGCUCAGUUGUCAAGAACAAAUAAAUUAUAUUUUUCAAACAGUA